AUAAAAGCUUCAAAGACAUCAGUGGUCUCAGGCUGAUUAUUUAAAGAAGAUUUUUCUAACAACUUGGUCCUUCGAGCCGGAUCCCAACAUCUCCUCUGCCGCCCAGAUACAGGGACCUGAACCGCGCGGGGGAGUUUGAGGACUCCUGAUGAGAAAAGACCUCGGGCGCGUCCUCCCUGAGGACGUUUGAGCUUUCAAAAAGAGGCCAGGAUCCUCUGGGUGGUGGAGAAGUGAUGGGAUCGUUCUAGAAUCACUGAGACACCGUACUUUGAAGGUAAGAAAAGGGUUUUUCUUACUGGUUCAUAAAAGCCCAGAAUAGGCCAUCUGGUCGUCGGUUGGGUGAAGAUCCAACACGCGGGAAGUAAAGCCAGGCGAGGGAGUCUGGUCAUUUAUUAGGUGUUUUUACUAAGUCCUAGUAAGUGAAGACCGGAGGUAGCGCCCCGGCAGUAAAGUCCGAAAGGCAUAAAGUAUUCGGGUGAAAGACCCCGAAUGGUAUUCAGGUGAAAGACCCUGAAUGGUGUUCAGGUGAAAGACCCUGAACAGUUGUGUGAGUGUUGUUGUUAACGUAAAAUUGCAAGUCUAUGUGGUGGUUGUAUUUGUGUAAGUGUUUUAGUACCGUUAAAAAAUUUAACAUCAUGGGUAAUUGCUGCAGUUGUUGUUGUUAUGACAAAGCGGAGCCCGGGCUGCCAGGUGAUGUGAAGUUUUGUUCUAAGAGAAGGAUAAUGCAAAUGGUUUAAAAGAUGGAAAAAUAAAUAUGGAUUUAAAGGAAGGUUGAGUAUGUCAGAAUGUGAGAAUCUGCUAUCAGAGAUAGACAAGAGGGCUAAAGGAAGUUCAAAAAGGUUGGUAAGAGAAGGUCAUAGUUCAGCCAAAGAAUGGUUGGUAGAGGCAAAAAAGCGCGCAGAAGGUAUUAGAAAAGCUAAGGAGCUCAGAAAAAUUGACGUGCUAACACUGACGGACAAAGAGGACGAAAAUGCUGUUGGACGUAGACUUUACCCGCAACUUAAUAGUCGCGGGGAGACUGACCCACCACCUGGUUAUAGUGUUGGUGUGACUGUACGUACUGACGAGGACAGUAAAAGUGAUAUUGCAUCCGCCCCUCCAGCCCAAGUGACUCCCUCGCCCUCGACUGCUUUGGUCCCAAGGGACGGAAUACAACUGCGCAGUCAGUUCAUCCCAUCUUUUUCUUCUCUCUCCAGUUUUACGCGCUAUCUUCCUGUAUUUUCCCCUGAUGGUGCUGUUGUUAGAGAUUUAAAUAAAGAAAUAGCCGAAGCCUACCCUAUGAUCGAAGUCCCAAACCCCAACCCCAAUCUUGACGGCAGCAAUCCCACUAUGUUUGUGUUUAGACCUUGGACUGAGGAGGAUGUAAGGAAGACUCAAAGAGAUUUUUGACAUUAACAGUGGAGUACCUUUUCCACCAAAUUCUAUCAGUGACAGUCCUUAUGAACAGCAGUUGAAAAAUGCAUUCUUUAAAGGUGCACUCCAACCAAUAAGCAGUUUGUUACUAAACACAUGAUUGAUAAUCGCUCAGCUCAGUUAAACAACACCUUAGAAUAUGCUAGGCAUGCUGAAAGACAUUUCAAAGAGAAAAAGAAAGCCAAAAAAGCAACUGCAUUUGUCUUGCAAACUAACGAGGGUGAGGAAGUCUAUUUUCAGGCUGAAGGAGGUGGACGCGGAAGGGGUCGCGGAAGGGGGCGUGGCUACUUCGGAGGACGAGAAAGAUCCGCCACUCCUACUCCAGGUGGGGACUCCUGCUGGGAGUGUGGUAAGGCGGGACAUCAGGCCCGCUACUGUAAAAACAAACGCAAGGGUGAUCCCCCAGCAAAUGGAUGGACGGCAUGACUAGAGACGGCAACAGAUUGAAGGAGAACCGAGACCAGAGACAGAAGUUGAACCUGGAGACUGGGUUUUCAUAAAGGUCAUAAAGAAGAAGUCCUGGGCAGACCCACGGUGGGAGGGACCGUUCCAUGUGCUACUAGCAACCCCUACAGCAGUAAAAAUAGCUGAACACCCCUCCUGGAUUCACCUCUCUCACUGUAAGAAAGCACGAGAACUUUCUGAUCACGGUCGAAAUAAACCUGCUUAGAGCCUCCUGAGGACUAGUCCAGCUACAAAGGGGAGUGAAACCAAUAGGGUCACUCGUCUCAACCCCGGUGAAGAAAUUAUUAAGGUCCAGAGACAGUAGUGAAGCAGAUUCGACCAUGACCAGACUGACUCUGUAUUAUUUAAUCAUUACUGCCUGCGGGCUCUAUGUGAUAGAGGGGUUUCAUACUCCCAUUUAUCAGGGCAACCCGGUAAGGGGGGGGCCUCGGAAAAUAGUUAAAACCCUGACGAUGGAGUACCAGGAAGGUGUCACUGGUACUGUCAAAUUUGAUCUGUGCCAAAUAAUUAAAUGUACGGACCAGAGAACUGGCUAUAUCUGGGCAGAAAAAUAUGUCUGUGAAAUGCCCCUGAUAGACACUCCUGGGCUCACCAAGGGUAGCUGGUGUGAUUAUUGGAAUGAUGUUAUUUGCAAUUCUGGGAUCUCUAGGUGGGGCUACAGCCCUGCCAGAGCCUCCCAUGGACCUGAUCCCUUGAACCAACGUAUGUCUAUCUGUCAAGGCCAGACACCCACAACCUGUUCCAUCGAUGACUGUAACCCAAUGUAUCUCACCCUCACAAGACCAAAACCCUCUGAUGCUGGUCUUUAUGUACUUGGUGUUAUCUUUUCCGGACAAGAUCCUUUAGGUCAUUUUCAAAUAAAAGUCACUCCAAAACCUUACUCACAAACUACCUCAAACAUUACCUCAAACACUCCCAUGCAAGAUAAUGCCACUUCUGGCUCUUGGCUAAAUUCCACACGCUUCUCUAUGUCUAAAAAAUUAGCCAUUGAAACAGGCUAUGCAGCUAGGAAUGAAUGGUUUGAAUGGAUGCUGUACACAGCUAAAACCACAAAUGUCAGUAAUUGUGUAGCAUGCUCCGCCAGCAGACCUCAACUAGGAACAACUCCCUUUAGACUAACACAAAUAAAUGCCGAUGAAGGAUUAAGAUGUACCCUGCGGCUGUUUACACGUGACAAAUUUUUGAACUGCACAUGCCAACUUUUUUCUUAUUUGUUUCCAGCCACCAAGCCUACUAUGCCACCUGGUGUUCUAGCCUUACCUGGGAACUACACCUGUUUCUCUAGGUCUUCUGGUCAGAAGAAUGGGUCAACGCUUCCCUGGUGCACAUAUAGUUACGACGUCACCAAAAAUGGUAAUGGUUAUCCAUCCAAGUGGUUCACCGAUCAUACCAUGGCUGACCUGUGGUGGCUGUGUGGGGAUAGGAAACUGAGGGCUGUGUUGCCCCAAUCCUGGCAGGGAUCUUGUGCUUUGGUACAGCUUCUCAUGCCCUUCCACAUCUACCCCACUACUGCCUUUUCGGCACUGCCCGAGAAGCUGAAACGUCACCAUCGUCAGAAGCGCGAUACCCCAGCACCAGGGGCUUUCGAUAGCCAUAUCUACACAGAUGCAAUAGGAGUCCCUAGAGGGGUUCCGGACGAGUUUAAGGCUAGAAACCAGAUCGCUGCAGGCUUUGAGGCCAACGAUUAAUAAAAAUGUGGAUUGGAUUAACUAUUUGUAUUACAAUCAGUUGCGUUUCAUAAAUCAUAGCAGAGAUGCUCUGAAAGCUGUCCAUGAACAGCUGCAGGCUACAUCACUUAUGGCAUGGCAAAAUAGGAUUGCCCUAGACAUGUUACUGGCUGAGAGAGGCGGGGUAUGUAGAAUGUUUGGUGACUUUUGCUGUACAUUCAUUCCCAAUAACACCUCACCUGAUGGAAGUUUUACCAGGGCUCUCCAGGGUUUGGAAACUCUGUCCAAGGAAAUGCACGACAAUGCUGGUAUCAAUAACCCUCUGACCUCACUGCUCGAAUCAUGGUUCGGGAAGUGGGGUGCUCUUGUUUCUUCUGUCUUAAUUUCUCUUGCAGUAGCAGCAGAGCUGAUCACCACCUGCGGGUGCUGUCUCAUCCCCUGUGCGAGAGGACUCCUCCUGCGCCUCAUCGAUUCUGCCGUGACCAAGGUCAUGGUAUAUGAGGACACAAACGAGUCCACCUACGUGGGCAUGACCCAAAGCACUUUGAGCAUUACAUUCUAGACUUGACUCUGUGUGUAACUGCUCCCUUGCUGCAAGAAUAAAAGCUUCAAAGACAUCGGUGGUCUCAGGCUGAUUAUUUAAAGAAGAUUUUUCUAACAAUUCUGUACUUCUGAUCAGGGACAGAGCCACAGAGAGGCCUGAGUCUACCCAGGUUGAAAACAGGCCUACUCAAUCAAAUGGAGAAAGAGUACUUAGCUGGAACCUUUGAAAUUGGUGUGGGAUUGUGAGGAUGUAGUUUCAGACUGCCUCUGGAAGCAACAUCCUGCCACCAAAAAUAUCAAGAAAGCAGUAAUCAGAAACUGGCCACUGAUGAAGGGCUCGACCAACACUGGUAUAAAGUGGCAGCAAAGGGAGGUCAGAAUGACAGUGAGCAGAAAGGAGGAGGUCAGGAGGACAGUCAGCAGGCAGGAGGAGAUCAGGAGGACACUGAGCAGGCAGGAGGAGAUCAGGAGGACAGUCAGGACCUACUAGCAAAGAGAGUUUUCAUCAUAAGCUGCUUUACUGCGUCGAUUCAGUUCCUGGUUUUCUUGUCAUUUGAGUGACACUGUGAAAGAGUGAGGGUGUGGUCAUCUCCUCUGCUGAGCUUUCAGAGCAACAUUUCAUUGCUGAAUAAUAAAGACUCUCUUUUUUGGUGAAUUCAGCUGGUUGUGUGUAUUUAUUGUGGUCACCACUCUCAUCUCUACAGUUGGUCCACCAUUUCAAAUACCUUGUCUACCAGAUGACUGAUUCAGAGGCUGUUCUGAAGGCAAUGUUCAGUCAAAGACAUUUAAUAGGACAGCAUCUUCAUGUACUUGUGGAGAUCAUCAUUUCACUCUUUCAGAGUAACACUGCACAGAUCUGAUCACAGAGACUCUAUGAAAAACCUCUGAGGUUGUUUGCACUUUUGGUCUCAGUUCUCUGCAGUAAUUCCAUCAUUCAA